AUGUACAUAAUUUCCACAAUUGAUUAUUUCCCUGGGAUCAAUCAACAUUAUCCAUUUAUUUCUUAUUCCCCCCCUCUCUCUCUCUAUCUAUCUCUCCCUCACUUUCUCUCUCUCUCUCACUCAUUCUUUCCCACUCUCAAUCUCUUUCUCUCUCACUCACUCUCUCUAACUCUCUUUCUUUCACCCUCUCACUCUCUCUCCACACUCUCUUUCUCUCCCUCCCCUCUUUCUAUCUCCUCUCACUCUCACUCUCUCUCCUCUCUCUCUAACUCCUCUCCUCCUCUCUCCCUACACACACUCUCUCUCUCCCUUUCUCCUUUCUCUCUCUCUCUCUCUCACUCAUUCUUUCCCAAUCUCACUCUCUUUCUCUCUCACUCACUCUUUCUCACUCUCACUUUCACUCCCUCUCACUCUCUAACUCUCACCCUCUCACUCUCUCUCACUCUCCCUACACACACACACUCUCUCUCUUUCUCUCUCUCUCCCUACACACACACACUCUCUCUUUUUCUCUCUUUCCAGCGGGCUUUUUCUCUACGUAGAUGUGUAUGUGGUUUAAAUUUCUUUCUUUCUGGUCUGCCUCCAUUCUUCGUUUUUUCGUUCGCUCUCUCUAUAUAUAUAUUUGUCAGCAUAUAUUUCUGUAGUGUAUAUAGUAGCUGCAUUUUCUCCUUACUCUCUCUCUCUCUCUAUUUCUUUCGAACAUUGAUUCCCUUCUGCAUCUACCUUUCUCUCUCUCUCUCUCUCUCUCUCUCUCUCAUUCAUUCACUCACUCAGUUGCGCAUGCGCGCACCAGCACCCCUCCCUCUACACACAUACACACAUCUGUCUAAGUAA